AGAACAAGGCCGCAAAUGAUCAAGCUCCCCCAGGGCCAGGGGACGCGGGGCAGCGCUGACGGGGAUCCGACGGCCCGGAUCGCCGUGCCCCUUCUUUUAUCGCCCCCCGCGCCCCGCUCCCGGCUCACCCGCCAGAAGGCAGAGAUCUCUCCACUCCACCCAGCCUCGUCGUCUCUUCUCCUCCACACGCGCCCCGGCCGCGCGAGAGCGAAGAGCCUGUGCCUGCACGUCCAUGGCCGGCGCCUGCUCGUGUGCUCUUCGAAGCUUCAGAGCCGCUCGCUCGCCCGUAGCCGUAGCCGUCCGGGUUUGAGUCGUCCAAGGCCCGGAGUGCGGCGAGAGACGUUGCGUGUUCAUUCCUUGCAGCAGGACAGGAGGGCAGAGAGGAUCGGAGAGGGAGAGAUGAUGGUGGGGAAGAGGGAGAGGGACUGCAAGAACCCGAUGCGGCGGACCACGAGCAUGACGGAGUUCGCGCCGCCGGACGUGCUGACGGCGGUGGCGGAGGACGAGGAGGCCCAGCUGCCCGACAACAGCGGAGGGGGCCAGCAGGACUGGCUGUCCGCGUUCGGCGCCGGCGCCGCGGCGCAGGAGGACUGGCGGGCGGCGUACCGCGCACGCGCCGCGCCGGCGCGGGCGGGCCUCCGCCGGAACUCCGCCGACUACUCGGUCGUCGAGACCGCCGCCUUCCUCCGCGCCUGCGGGCUCUGCUGCCGCCGCCUCGGCCCCGGCCGCGACACCUUCAUGUACAAGGGCGAGGAGGCGUUCUGCAGCCUCGAGUGCCGGGAGCGGCACAUCACGCAGGAGGAGUGGAAGGACAAGUGCGCGGUGAAGUCCGCCAAUAGCAAGGACGCGGCGGCGGGGGCGGCCACGCCGGUCACCGGCCGCCGCGCCGGCUCCGGCAAGCCCGGCGCCGGCGGCGGCACGGUGGCCGCGGCGUGACGUGGCGCGCGCGAACGUAGUACGCACCACCCGCCGACGCAGGCCGGCCAGCUACACCGUACCUGCCUAGCUAUACUCCACCUUCCGGCUUCCUCAACUAGCCAGCUGCGCGAAGGCUUAUCGAUCGAUCGAUCACUCGUCAGCAACCACGCACUGAUCAUAUACUACUCUACUAGUUAUCACCGGAUCGAUUAAUCGACUAGUUAUCCCUGCAUGCAAGCCGUAGAGACACCAUUAUUAAUUAGCUUGAUCCAGCAAUUCCAAUCAUCAAUCCAUAGAUCCGUGUAAUAUGUUUCAUAAAAAAGCAAAGAAAUUCUUGCUUGCAGCUGGCUAUGCUACCAUGCGUAGAUGCUGGUGUAUGCUAUCAGUGUACCGAUGGACUGAUCGAGCAGCAUGUAAGCACACCCCUGUAGAAAUGGGGACAUAAAUUAAGUGGGGGAGAGAAGUGGCCAAUGCACUGCCAUUGUCGAUCGAUCUUGUGUCACGCCACUACAAUCAAACAAGUUAUUUACGAGGACAAUACACUGCAGAAGUUCAGUAUUGAACCA